AUGCCACGAAAAAAAGGUUGGUUCCGUGCUAAGAGAAAGGCAGAAGAGCAGAGAGCUGUGCAAGCCAUUGGCAAUUAUGACCAUGAGUACUGUUCAUUACCAAAGAGAUCCACUUGUGACUCAGAGCCUCAUAUAUUGGAUCAUGAUUAUUAUACAAAAGAGUCUGUUGACCUCAAUGAUACAUCGGAGCUAUUCUCUGUACAUUCCCAUGUUUAUAGAAAGUCUGAGAAUGGAGAAACUGAUAUGAUAUAUGAUGACACAGAAGUUGCUGAAACUGUGGAUUAUAAGAUCUUAUUUGACUGUGAUUUCAUCCUUUACACAAAAGGUGAGAGAUUUCUUCACUAUAGCAGGACACGUGCUGUUUUAAGAGAUCGGGAAUAUAGGAGAAAGGAGAAGGAAUUAAGACCACAAAAAUCAUAUUUACAUUCUAAAAGUUCACAUUCACAAAUGGAUAGGAAUCAGUUAUUGUUAAAACUCAAUGAACAAAAAAAUGUUAUCAAAGAUUUACAAAAGGAGAAUGCAAGGCUCAUGAGACAAGUAGAUAAAUAUAUUCGAGAUGAUGGGAUUAAAAUGGAUAAAGAACGUUCAUUAGAAUUCUCUGACUUGAUGUCAUCUUGUGAAAGUGAGGUAAUGAAAGCAUUCCCGAAUUCUAAUUGUUUUCAAAGACUGUUUUGGGAGCAACAAAUGAAGGAGGCAAAGAGUGGAAAGUGUGGGAUGAGAUGGCAUCCUAUGAUUGUCCGAUGGUGUUUAUAUUUACGACAAACAUCCAACAAAUGUUAUGAAACCUUAAGAAAAAGUGGAUUUUUAAAACUGCCCAGUUCCCGUACCCUUUUUGACUAUAGCCACUAUAUCAAAAGUGUGAAUGGAUUUUCUCCUGAAGUUUUCCAAAUGCUGAAAAAUGAAGCCACUAAGAAUGGAAUGUACAAGGAAGAAUGGAAAUUGUGGGUUGGACUUUUGUUUGAUGAGAUUCAUGUGAAAGCUGAUUUAGUGUAUGAUAAACAUUCUGGAGAGCUAGUUGGUUAUGUGGACUUAGAUUCUGUAGGAAAUCAAAUUCUACAAAUGCAACACCAGUUAGAGCAGAGUCAUCAAAAUUUAGCGAAGUCAAUGCUUGUGUUGAUGGUAAGAGGAUUGUGUGGGAAUUUGACCUUUCCAUUGGCAGGCUUUGCCACUGACAGUAUUAAAGCUGAUUUUCUUUACCCCAUAGUUUGGAAGACCAUAUUGUAUCUGGAACGCUUUGUAAAGCUGAAAGUGUUGUGCGUUACUUGUGAUGGUGCCUCCCCAAACAGAAAAUUUUUCAACUUGCACAAGGGAGAUGAUGACACUACAUACUAUUCAAUUAACCCCCAUGACAGGUCAAGAAAGAUAUUCUUUAUCUCGAAUGUGCCACAUCUAUUAAAAACUACAAGAAACUGUAUAAGUAACAGUUUCUGGCACAAAAACUCUAGACGACUAUGGAAAGAUGGGAAAGAAGCUGGCGGCAUAUAAUAAGGCUGU